AUGAUCCGCAACAAACAGAAGCAAACCCUUCCCGGUGAAGCUUCUGUCUCCAGGUCCGCCGGCAUGAGUCCCAUGCUAUCGUCGUCAUCGCCGUCAGUCUCCAUGUCACUAGAUCCGGUCGUAGCCAUCACCAUCAGCCUCUGCGUUCCAUCAUCAGUUGCAGUCAAGAAGCAGGAGUUAGUUCGGUCGGGAUCUGUAUCCUCAAAUUGGUUCCGUCAUAUUGCUCAAUUUGUUUUGGAUUCCCAUUGUGCGGUUCCAUUGUCUCUCUCGGAUGUCAAUUCAAUGUGGACAUGCAACGAGGCGAGACUGCUCAAAUCCGAGCCCCCGCCAUCACCAGUCUCGUUUCAUCCGCAAUCGAUAUGCUUCCUCGUCUUUUGCCUCUCGUCUCCCGCCGUUCCGCCAUCUCAAGCUCCGUCGUUGUACAAAGGAGUGGCGGCGCUGCAUUGCUAA